CGCCGGGCCACCCACUCUCUCUCUCCUCCCUCUCCCUCUCUCUCUCUCCUCAAGCCCUCCCCCCCUCCACCUCCUCCACCACCACCACCCACCAUUCCGGCGCGGAGACCGCUUCCCUUCGCCCACCCCCGCAACCCUCUCCUCCCCCGCCUCCUCCGCGCUUCCCUCCAUUUGUCCGCGCCCCCCUCGCUGCCGAUCUUAACCACCCGCCGCGCGCUCCCGCCACCCGGCUUCCUCUGGUCCGCCCUCCUUUCCCCCCCUCGACCCAAAACGCUCGGCUCCCCCCACCACUUUCCAUCUCUCUUCUUUGUUCCCCCAGAGGACGAGGAGGAGGAAGAAGAACCAGGAGGCCUCUCCCCCCCUGCACCGGUAGCGAGAGGGAGGGCGGAAGAGGAUGAGCGCGUCCAGGUUCAUAAAGUGCGUCACGGUCGGGGACGGCGCCGUCGGCAAGACCUGCAUGCUCAUCUCCUACACCUCCAACACCUUCCCCACCGACUAUGUUCCAACGGUGUUUGACAACUUCAGUGCUAACGUCGUGGUUGAUGGUAACACUGUCAACCUCGGGCUAUGGGACACUGCAGGUCAAGAGGAUUACAACAGACUGAGACCACUGAGUUAUCGUGGAGCUGAUGUUUUCCUUCUGGCCUUCUCACUGAUCAGUAAGGCUAGCUAUGAGAAUGUUUCGAAGAAGUGGAUACCUGAACUGAAGCAUUAUGCACCUGGUGUGCCAAUAAUUCUCGUGGGUACAAAACUUGAUCUUCGAGAUGACAAGCAGUUCUUUGUGGACCACCCUGGUGCUGUUCCAAUCACUACUGCUCAGGGAGAGGAGCUAAGAAAGCAAAUAGGCGCACCAUACUACAUCGAAUGCAGCUCAAAGACCCAACUAAAUGUAAAGGGCGUCUUCGAUGCGGCCAUAAAGGUUGUGCUGCAGCCACCCAAGGCGAAGAAGAAGAAAAAGGCACAGAGGGGGGCGUGCUCGAUUUUGUGAUCUAAUCAUCAGUAGACAAAGAAACAAGGGCGAAGUUGCCAUGGUUUAUUAUCGUCGCGUCUUGCUUCAGCGAAACAGCAUUGGUGGGUUCCCCUAGGUUUACUGGCAGCUGCAGCAAGUUCUCUUUGUCGAGGCAUUGAGCGAUCUGUUUGUUUCAUUUCCUCCUUCCUGCCUUGUGAUUAUGUGGGUGUGACUGACAAGUCGUGGCAAUUAGGUAACUUUCUUAGAAGGUAUUUCCCAUGUUUGAGCAAAAAAAUAUCUUAUUAUCUCUGUUCCAUAAGUAGACAUGAUGUAAUCGUACUAAGUUUAUUUUUACUUAUUUUACUUCAAUGGAAAAUUAUGCUUCCCUUUA